AUGGCGCCAUACAUGCCCCUUUUCAGGUACUGCACUACUUUCAAAUCCCUUACCGCACUCCAUGCCCACCUAAUCGUCAGGGGACUCCAGAAAGACACUCUCCCGUCGACCAAGCUCAUCGAGGCAUAUUCGCAAAUGGGCCGCGUGCAAACUUCGCGGCUGAUAUUCAACUCAUUUACGAACCCAGAUUCCUUCAUGUGGGGGGUGCUGAUCAAGUCCCAAGUAUGGAACGGCCUGUUUCGAGAAGCCAUUUUUGUGUACCAAGAGAUGCUCCAGAGUUUGAGAGCGUUGAACGAGUUCAUUUUUCCUUCGGUAUUGAGAGCUUGUUCUGCGAUUAAUGAUCUGAGGCAGGGACAAAAAGUCCACGCGAGGAUUGUGAAGUCCGGAUUCGAGUCGGACUCCAUAGUCGAGACGUCGCUGCUCAGUUUGUACGGUGAAACCGGAUGUUUGCACAGUGCUCGGAAAGUGUUCGAUGAAUUGUCGAAAAGAGAUGUUGUCUCAUGGAGCUCGUUUGUGUCGAACUAUGUCCGGAAUGGACAGGUGAGUGAAGGACUAGAGAUUUUCCGGAAAAUGGUGAUGGAAGGUGUGGAUAUAGACUCCGUGACCAUGCUUAUUGUAGCCGAGGCCUGUGGUGAGCUGGGGUUAUCGAGAAUCGGGAGGUCGUCUCAUGGUUUUGUAGUGAGAAGGAAUAUUGGAUACAAUCAUGGAGCACUAAAGAGUUCUCUAGUUGCAAUGUAUGGAAAAUUUGGUGACUUGUGCAGUGCUGAAAAUGUAUUCUAUAAUGGAGGCGUUUGUCAGGGUGUUGCUUCUUGGACUGCAUUGAUUUCUAGCUAUAAUCAAAAUGGGUACCAUUUAGAGGCAUUAGGGACGUUUUGUGAGAUGGUUGAGCAUGAAGUGGAAAUUAAUAGUGUGACGCUGAUGAACGUUGUGUGUUCUUGCGCUCGAUUAGGAUGGCUAAGAGGAGGGAAGUCUAUUCAUGGCUACACCUUAAGGAAUAAUAUCAACCUCGACAGAGAUUUUUUGAGGCCGUCAUUGAUUGAUUUGUAUGCUAAUUGUGGUCAGUUAGGAUACAGUCGUUGGGUGUUUGAUAAUACUAUAGACAAGCAUGUUGUGUCGUGGAAUAUUCUCAUAUCAGGUUAUGUCCGGGCUGGCCAGGCAGAUGAAGCUUUAUCCCUUUUUUCGGAAAUGCUAAAUCAAGGAAUGUUGCCUGAUUCCUUUGCCUCGGCUAGUGCUCUAUCGGCCUGUGGUCUGAUCGGGCUUUCUGGUACGGGAAGUCAAAUACAUUCCCUUAUUACCAAGAUAAGCCUCUCGAAUGAGUUUAUUGACAAUGCCUUGAUUGACAUGUACUCCAAAUGUGGAUUCAUAAAUUCGGCAGUCCAAGUUUUUCACGGAGCUGAAAAAAUUAGUGUUGUGACAUGGAAUUCUAUGAUGUGUGGGUUUACUCAAAACGGGUACUCAAAAGAAGCUCUUAUCCUUUUUGACGAGAUGUACACUAAAAAUCUCGACAUGGAUGAGGUGACAUUUUUGAGUGCGAUUCAAGCCUGCUCGAAUCUGGGUUUUAUCGAUAAGGGCAAAUGGGUCCACCAUAAAGUGAUCACUUUUGGCAUGAAGAAAGACAUGUAUAUUGAUACAGCUCUGGCUAAUAUGUACGCCCGUUGUGGGGACCUUAAAAUGGCUCGGGCAGUGUUUGACAGAAUGGCUGAGAGGAGCAUUGUUUCGUGGGGUUCCAUGUUAGGGAGUUACGCCAUGCACGGCCAUGUUGAUGAGUGUAUCUCACUUUUUAAUACAAUGGUAGAAUUAGGCAUAAAGCCAAAUGACGUUACUUUCAUGAAUAUUCUCUCGGCUUGCAGUCACGCGGGAUAUGUUGAGAAGGGCAAGUUUUACUUUAACUCGAUGGCUGGGGAUUUUGGUGUGACACCUAAUUUAGAGCAUUAUGCGUGUUUGGUCGAUUUGUUGAGUCGAGCUGGCGAUCUUAGUGGCGCGUAUGAGGUUAUAAGCUUGAUGCCUUUUCCGGCAGAUGCUAGCGUUUGGGGUGCACUGGUGAAUGGGUGCAGGAUAUAUAACAGGAUGGACUUUUUGGAUGGGAUUAGUAAGGAUAUUUUGAAAAUGGAUGCAGAUGAUAACGGGUUCUAUACACUCUUGUCUAAUGUGUAUGCGGAAGGUGGUAAAUGGGGUGAGGUUAAGGAGGUGAAAUCGAGAAUGAGAAGUCGGCAUCUGAAGAAAACACCUGGAUAUAGCAUGAUUGAGAUUGAGUCGAAUUUGUAG